AUGUCCAUGGCGACGUACGAGCAGGUGAUGGAUGACCUGGCCAAGGGGCAGGAGUUCGCGACGCAGCUGCAGGGCCUCCUCCGGGACUCCCCCAAGGCCGGCCACAUCAUGGACCAGAUCCUCCACACCUUCUCCCGCGCCAUCCACGCCGCCAAGGCCGCGGCCGCGGCCAGCGCCAGUGCCGGCGAGAGCGAGGUCACCGAUGGCGCAAGCAGCGGCGGGAAGAGGAAGUCCAUCGCCGGUGGAGGACCGCGCAAGGCCAGUCGGACAAGGACCCAGGAUUCGUCCGUCGUCACGAAGAACAUGAGGAGCUUGGAGGACGGGCAGACAUGGCGCAAGUACGGGCAGAAGGAGAUACAGAACUCCAAGCACUCAAAGGCCUACUUCCGGUGCACGCACAAGUACGACCAGCAGUGCAUGGCGCGGCGGCAGGCCCAGCGCUGCGACGACGACCCGGACACGUUCAAGGUCACCUACAUCGGCGUGCACACCUGCCGGGACCCCGCCGCCGCCAUGGCGCCGCAUGCUCCUCACCUGACCGGCACCGCGGCCGGCUGCCGCCUCAUCAGCUUCGCGCCGGCCGUUGUUCAUGGCGCCAGCACCAGCACGACCACAACGAACACCAACCUGGUCGACGAGGACGCCGCGACGGGGUCCGGCCUGCAGCUGUCGGGCCUGAAGCUUGAGGGCGGCGACCUGGAGGAGGUGCUGAGCAGCCGCACCCCCGUGAGCUCUGCCCUGUACGGCGCAGCGGCGGCGGCGGCGGCUUGGCCUGACCAGGGCGACGUCACGUCCACCCUGCAGUACGGUGGUGCCGGUGCCUUUGAACAGCUCUUUGAUCUCGAUGGUUACCCGUAUCUCGAGGACCUCCUGCCGUACGAUCUCGACCAUUGA